AUGGUCAAAGAGAAAGGAGCCCUUUCCUCUGGGCAGUUACAGCUCUAUGUCAGUGUGCCUGGUUUGGCAAGCAGAGUGUGGGCUGAAUUUCAUCCCCAUGUGCCCGCUGGGCGAGAUGCCUUUCUGCAGUAUUCAGUCUGCACAAUUGUGCAGGGUGCUGAUGGGGGCAUUAUUCCUGGAAGGAAACCUGGCUUGAAAAACUCAAAUCUUGUACUCCAGGGCGAAUUCUGUCAGUUGAAUUGGAUUACUAGUAAUCAUGCCACUUACCAUUUCUCUGUAGAGAAAUCAGGGGUAAAAGCCUGCGAUGCAGAUGCAGGACUCUAUGGCUUUGUCGAGUAUUCUCUUUAUGAUGGAUUCCAAAGCUGUGAAGCGCCUCAAGCAUUCCAGAUCGACCCACAUGAUGGGCGAAUCUGUGUUUCUCAAGACGUUGACAGGGAAAAGGAUCCAGCCACCUAUGAUCUCUUGGUGAAAGCUAAGGAUGGGGGUGGGCUAAGCGCCCAAGCUUUUGUUCGUGUGGAGCUGGAGGACAUGAAUGAUAAUGCACCUGUGUUUAACCCGUCAACCUACGUGACAAGCAUUAGUGGCCAGACCCAGCCCGGCACCGAGAUCAUCAGUGUUCUUGCCACUGACAGGGAUUCUGGCAUAUAUGGAACAGUGGCUUAUGAGCUCAUUCCUGGAGACGUGUCAUCCCUUUUUACCAUCGACUCCACCACAGGAAUUAUUUACUUAACGUCCACUCUUAGCCAUUUGGAAUCUACUACGCUUUUGUUGAUGGUCUGUGCUCGAGAUGGUGGCGGGCUCACAUCUGUCGUUAAUGCUGAUGUCACAAUACACAUUCUUCAGACCACUCUGGCGCCCGCUGAAUUUGAAAGGCCUAAGUAUACUUUCUCAGUUUAUGAAGAUGUGCCCGAAGACAGCCCUGUGGGAACAGUGAAAGCAAAAGAGUUCCUGAAUUCCUCAGAGCCAAUUUUUUAUAGAAUCUCCUCUGGUGAUUUGGAUGGAAAGUUCUCUAUUCACCCAUGGCUGGGCACCAUUCGAACCCAGAAGCCUCUGGAUCACGAAACGCAGCCCGUGGUAGUGCUCACGGUCCAGGCACAGAUUGGCAGCCCCCCAGCCUGCAGCAGCACAGAGGUCAACAUAACUGUAAUCGAUGUCAACGACAACCAUCCGGUGUUUCCCAAAGCCUCUGAUGAGGUUAAAAUAUCCCAAGCCACUCUGCCUGGCACAGCCUUGUACUGUGCCCGUGCGGAAGACAAGGACAGUGGGUGGAAUGGAUUCAUCCGAUAUGCCAUUGCAAACCAGAAUCCAGGCAUCUUUUCCAUUGACUCAGGGCUUGGUGUGGUAUACCUCAAUGAGAGUCUGGGAGGUGAUGUGCCCCAGAAGUACACACUAAGUCUCAUGGCCCAGGACCUCGGCAUUCCUCCUCGGGCAUCUCUGUUAGUGCUAACAGUCAUUAUCGAAAAACAAGAGCAAAGCCCAUCUUUGACUUUUGAAAAUUUGGUCUAUCAAGUGGAAGUUAGUGAAUCUCUCUCACUGAUGACCCAAAUACUGCAAAUACAGGCCUACCCACUUGGCCCACAGCGCACAACCUGGCAGCCUCUGUACUCGCUGGAACCCAGCACCGACUCUGCUGUGUUUGGCAUCCGUCCUUACACAGGUUGGAUUUAUUUGCGGCGACAGCUCGACUAUGAAACCACACAAUCAUAUAAUUUUAGAGUGUUUGCCUGGAUCCCCAAGGACAGAUUGUCGCAAAAUGUGAGCACUUCAGUAAUUGUUCAUGUCGUGGAUGAGAAUGACAAUUCCCCUACCUUCUUGCAUGAUGUGUUGUUUUUGAAAGUCGAGGAGAGUCCUGUUCCCCAAGGGGUAAUAGGCAAAAUUACAGCACUUGACAGAGACUCGGGAAAGAAUGGACAGCUGUCAUAUUUCCUUUUGUCUGAUGGAAAAUUCUUCAAGAUGAAUCCUCAUACAGUUCCAGGAAGCACCAUGUAUGCCGUAGCCUUUGUAAAUAGUGCCCCCUGCUCUAGUGGGACGAAAUUUGAAUUCCUUUCUGAUUAACUUCAAGCCUUUACUCUCAAAUGCCUGUUGUGUGAAUUAGGAAAAGGCGAAUUUAUCAGUUGGGUGGCACUGGAUCACGAGCGUCAGGUGCACCAUCAGGCAACUGUCCUAGUGAUGGACCAUGGCUCCCCACCUCGAAAUGCCACCAUGGUGGUUUAUGUCUCAGUUACUGACAUCAAUGAUAACAGGCCAUAUUUCCCACAGUGUCUCCCUGGAAAGGAAUUGCACAUCAAGGUUCUGGAAGGUCAACCAGUAAAUAUGUUGGUUACGACUGUGUUUGCAAAGGAUCUUGAUGAAGGAAGCAAUGCUGAAGUUAUAUAUUCAGUAUCUUCAGAAGAUGGUUCUGAUCACUUCAAGAUUGAUGCCAACAAUGGUGAAAUAAGAACGACCACAAGACUUGCAUAUGAUUCUAGACCUUCCUACAGGAUGACUGUAAUUGCCAGAGACCAGGGAGCAGCUCCCCUUCAAGGACAGGCAGUUCUUAAUAUUCAGGUGAUACCACUGUCCAAAGGGAGAGCUAUCCUUUCUCAGAGUAUUAGACAUUUGGUUAUACCAGAAAACUUGAAGCCUGCAAAAAUAAUGAGCUUAAAAAAGUCACCUGAUCAUCUUGACCAACAUCAUAAUGGAAAAUUACAUUUUAGUAUUGCUGCAGAUGACAAGGAUGGCCACUUUGAAAUUGACAGCUCGACAGGGGACUUCUUCCUUUCUAAGGAACUGGAUUAUGAAAUGACAUCUCAUUAUCUUUUCAGGGUGGUUACUAAAGACCAUAGCAAAAUUCCUCCCCUGAAUAGCACAGUCUUCCUUAGUAUUGAUGUGGAAGAUCAAAACGACCAUUCUCCUUCUUUCCAGGAUGAGUUCAUUGUGAUAAGCAUAGAAGAGAAUGUCCCCAUAGGAACUCUGGUGCAUGUUUUCAAUGCCAAAGAUGGCGAUGGCAGUUUUUUGAACAGUCGAAUACAAUACUUCAUUGAAUCCCACCACCCUGGAGUGAAUCCAUUUCUCAUCCAUCCCUCAUCUGGCACAUUAGUCACCGCAUCCCCCCUUGAUAGAGAGAGCGUUCCGACUGUUGUCCUGACAGUAACUGCAUCUGAUCAGGCUGUGAAUGUGACAGACCGGCGAUUCAGAUCCUUGAUGGCAAAGGUAGUGAUUUUGGACGUAAAUGACCACAGCCCCACUUUUAUGUCUUUCUCCUUCGCCCAUAUCAAAGAGGAUGCCAGGGUGGGCUCCUUGGUGCACCACAUAACUGCUCAAGAUCCAGAUGAAGGAAGGAAUGGAACAGUAACAUACAGCAUCCUCUCAGGAAACGAAAACAUGGCCUUUAUGCUAGAUGAGUCAUCAGGCUUACUAACUACAACUUGUCCAUUGGAUUAUGAAAUAAAAACUCAGCACAUUCUGACCCUUCUGGCACUGGAUGAUGGCGUACCAGCACUUUCUUCAUCCCAGACUUUGACAAUUACUGUUCUUGACGUAAAUGAUGAGGCACCAGUAUUUAAGCAGCACGUGUAUGAAGCUUCAGUUAAAGAAAACCAAAAUCCAGGAGAGUUUGUCACAAGGGUUGAAGCUCUGGACAGAGACUCAGGAAUCAAUUCCAAGCUUCAGUUUGAAAUCAUGCCAGGUGCUUCAUUUGGGUUGUUCGAGAUAAAUCCUGACACUGGAGAGGUAGUGACAACCACCACACUUGACAGAGAAGUUCAGGAAGUCUUCACCCUUCAAGUACUUGUACGAGAUGGGGGAGUCCCUUCAUUGUCCAGCACCACAACAAUUCGCUGUACUGUGGAGGAUGAAAACGAUCACGCACCGGAGGUUAUUGUCCCCAGUCAUGACAUUGAGAUUCUGGAAAACCAAGAGCCAGGGGUUGUCUACACUGUUUUGGCCUCUGAUAGGGAUGCUGGCAAUAAUGGAGCUGUCAAGUAUCACAUAAUUGACGGAAAUACUGAUGAGUACUUUGCUGUUAAUGAAAGGUCAGGAGAACUCUCAACCACUCGCGCUUUGGACCGGGAGCAAGUCAACAAUUUCACCCUUGUCAUCCUGUGCUCUGAUCUGGGGGAUCCACCUAGGAGCUCUGUAGUGCAGCUGCAAGUUAGAGUUUUGGACGACAAUGACCACAGCCCUUCCUUUCCCACACUUCAUUACCAGGCCUCCGUGGGAGAAGAUGCUCAAGUGGGAACAGUGGUUCUUGUACUCUCCGCUGUGGACAAGGAUGAAGGCCUGAAUGGGCAAACUGAGUAUUUUCUGAUGGAUGAGGCUUCUAGUGCAUUCGCCAUUGAUCCUGUGGCGGGCACGUUGAGAACUGGCCAUACCCUUGACCGAGAAGCCAGAUCUCAGCAUACGUUUAGGGCUGUGGCCAGAGACUGUAGCAUCCAGGGCUCGAGAAGCACCACAGUAAUUAUAACAGUCUAUGUCACUGAUGUUAAUGACAAUGCUCCAGUUUGGGAACAGAACCCCUUUGAAAUUUUUCUUUCCUCCCAGUCACCUGCAAACCAGACAACUGCCAUUCUGAGAGCCAAUGACCCAGACUUGGGGCCCAAUGGAACUGUCAUUUUCAGUUUUGCAGAGACUCAGUCAAUGUUUUCUAUUGAUAAAUAUACAGGAGAAAUUCAACUUCAGCACAACCCAUCUUUAGAAUAUUUUCCAAUCUGGCUGCAGUUAAAAGUUAUGGACCAAGGGGUCCCAACUGCUAGGACAACCACUGGUCUCUUGAUCAUUCACAUGGAAGGAGAAGAUGUCAAGAUUUCCUUCAGCCACCAUCUGUAUAAAGGGACUGUGACUGAAAAUUGUGAUGCAGGUACUUCUAUUGUGACUGUAAAAGCUUUUGCUCCUGACUCAAUAGGAGACAGCAUUAAGUAUUCAGUUUUUAGUGGAAAUGAAGAUGGAGUUUUUUCUCUGUGCUCCAACUCAGGAGAACUCACUGUGAAAGAACCCAAGUUUCUUGAUUUUGAAGUCAGACAUGAAGUACAACUCAUCGUUUUAGCUGAAAGUAGGGGGCGCAGAGCCUACAGCAAAGUAGCCGUCUCAAUAGAAGAUGUGAAUGAUAAUUUACCAUGCUUCGAGCAAAGCCUUUACCACGUGUCAGUGUCUGAAGGCCAGUUCUACAAUGUGCACAUCAUACAGGUUUUUGCUAGAGACCUGGACAGUGGGGUGAAUGGCCUCAUUGAGUAUUCCAUUCUCUCUGGCAACCAAGGAGAAGCCUUCCAGAUUGAUGCACUCAGCGGUGUGAUAACAGCAAAUACCAUUCUGGACUACGAGUUCACCAACUCCUACAGCUUGAUUGUGCAAGCCACAGAUAAAGGGAUGCCCAGACUUUCUGGUACAAGUGUGAUCAAGAUACAGGUGACUGAUAUAAAUGACAAUGCCCCGGCUUUUCUCCCCUCUGAAGCAGUGGAAAUUGCAGAAAAUUCUUUGCCUGGUGUACUUGUGACUCAGAUAUCAGUUCAUGACGAGGAUUUGAAUCCAGCUUUCAUCUUCAGUUUUGCCAAAGAGAGUAAUCCUGGAACCAAGUUCGCUAUUGAUCAGACCACUGGAACAGUGGUGCUAGUGAAAACAUUGGAUUUUGAAGAAGCCACUGAAUAUGAGCUGCUCAUCCAAAUUUCUGAUUUGGUGCACCACACAGAGGGAGCACUCGUUGUCCAUGUGUUGGACGUCAAUGAUAACCCACCAGUAUUUUCUCAAGAUUUUUACCAGGUCACCAUCCCUGAAUCUGUGUCAUUGGGGCACUCUGUGCUGACUGUGGCAGCCACAGACUUAGAAAGCAAUCAGAACAUUUCUUACAGAAUCCUUUCCUCUUCUAAGGAAUUUUCAAUUGAUCCUGUGAAUGGCACAAUAUUUACUAUCAAUCCUUUAUUACUUCUGGAUAAAAAAUCAACAAUUCAAUUGCUUGUUGAAGCCAGUGAUGGUGGAAUUCCUGACCUGAGGGCUCUUACCUUAGUGGAGAUAGAAAUACAAGAUAUGAACAAUUAUGCCCCUGAGUUUGCAGUAGAAUAUUAUAAUCUUAGCUUGAGUGAAGAUGCUCUAAUUGGAGGGACGCUUGUCACAUUUUCGACCAUUGACCAUGACUGGACCCGUGAAAACACAUACGUUGAAUAUUCCAUCAUCAGUGGUAAUUCACAGAACAAUUUCCACUUGGAAACUAGUUUCAUUCAUUCAGAAUAUCCUUAUAAGCAAGUUGGUUAUCUGGUGUUGGUUCACAAUCUGGACAGAGAAGCAACUGCCAGUCAUAAGCUUGUCAUUCUGGCAUCUGACCAUGGCUGCCCUCCAUUGAGUUCCACAGCCAUUGUAUCAAUAGAAGUGCUUGAUGUCAAUGAUAAUCCACCUAAAUUCAACAGUCUGAAAUAUCAUGCCCAUGUCAAGGAAAGUACCCCUCUAGGGAGUCACAUCACUGUGGUCUCAGCAAAUGACCAUGACGUGGGUUCUCAUGCAGAAAUCAUCUACCGUAUAAUCUCUGGAAAUGAGAAGGGGCAUUUUCACUUGGAAGAAAAAACUGGAGUUCUUUAUUUGAUUAAACCUCUGGAUUAUGAAGAAACGAUAAAAUUCACUUUAACUGUCCAAGCUUCAGAUGAAGAAAAGAAACAUUUUUCUUUUGCAGUUGUGUUUGUCAAUGUCCUAGAUGAUAAUGACCAUGCACCCCAGUUUAUGUUCCCCAGCUUGAACUGUGUUGUUCCUGAAAAUCUGCCUGUUUUCUCCACCAUCUGUUCUGUAAAUGCUUUGGAUUUUGAUGCAGGUCCUUAUGGAGAAUUGACCUAUUCUAUUUUAUCACCCUGUUCUGUCACCCAUGGGAUGCCUCAUGACCAUGAUGCCUUCCUCAUUGACCCUUUAACAGGGGAUAUUUAUGCUAAGCAAGUCCUUGACUAUGAAAAUGACAAUAAAUACUGCUUCACAGUUCAGGCAAAAGACAAAGGUGACUCAACAGCCUCCUUAAUGGUUUGGGUGGAUAUUGAAGGGGUAGAUGAGUUUGAACCCAUUUUCACUCAAGAUCAAUAUUUUUUCAACCUCCCAGAAAAGAAUAACCUAAGACAGUUGAUUGGUAGAGUGGAAGCAUCAGAUACAGACGCUGGUAUCGAUGGAGUUAUUCUUUACUCCCUUGAAACUCCAUCUCCUUUCUUUUCAGUAAAUAUAACUAAUGGAAAUAUUUAUUUGACUAGAGCCCUUCCCCUAAUAAAAAGUCAAGUCAGCAAAGAAGACACCAUUGAAAUGAAAAUAAUCGCUCGUAGCCCCAAACCAGACUCCAAGGUCACAUUUUGUACCGUUUUUGUGAAUGUGUCUUCUUCCUCAGAAGGAAAACACUCAUCAGUAUCAGCCAGCAGUUUUUCAAUCAGCCUCGCAGUCUCCUUUUUAGUGUUUCUGUUACUCAUCUUCAUUCUAAUUGUACUGAUUUUAAGACAUAAACAAAAAGACACAAUAAAUAAUUAUGAAGAAAAGAAAGCCUCGUCAUCCUUAGAUAUCAAUUUGAGACUGACGGGGGAUGCCAGCAUGCUCAAGCCCUUCCAGAAAACUAAUGAGUGCAGUAAUGAGGUGAUGCCCAUGGCCUCCAUGCCUGAAUGGUUGAGUUUAAUGAGUCUUAUGGAGAAGGACAUUGUAAAUCUGUACAGGCACUCAAACUCCAGUGGCCACUGUUCAGUGGAAGGAGAAACUGCAGAAGAUAAGGAAAUCCAGAGGAUAAAUGAGCACCCUUACAGAAAGGAGUCUGGCUCAGCUCUGAGUGAUCGCGAGUCCAGGGUGCCAGACUCUGGAAUCCCGAGGGACUCGGACCAGCUCUCCUGCUUGUCUGGGGAAACUGAUGUGGUGGUCACUGCCGAAACAGCAGAAACCAGCCAUACAUUUGAAGAAGGAGAUCGAGGAGAAGGCUCUGGCACAACCUAUGUUCAAAAUAAUGUGUUAUCCCAGACACUAAAGAAGAGAGAGGUAAAAGAGGGCAUCCUGGCUGAUGUCAGAAAAGAGUCCAUCUUUAUUUCAGGUGCUCAGGAAGCAAGAUGUGCAGCUCUUUCGACCCAGAGAACCUCUGAUCAUGAUGUGAGAGGCAACUAUCACUGGGAUUAUCUCCUCAGUUGGGAACCCAAGUUCCAACCCCUUGCCUCAGUAUUUAAUGAUAUUGCAAAACUAAAGGACGAGCACUUACAUAUGCCUGGCAUUCCCAAAGAGAAGAAAACUUUUGUUUUCCCACCACCUUUGAUUACAGCAGUAGCCCAUCCUGGGAUUAAAGCAGUUCCACCAAGAAAGCCAGCCAUAACCCCGGGACAAGUACUUCAGAAAUACCCACACUGCCCCCUUCUCUACCAUCUCAAUUCUCUGCCAGAAGCCAUGACUCCCAGUUUUUCUCCAUCUCUUUUCCUACUGACCACACAGACCCCUGCCAUGACUCCACUGUUGUCAGAUGGAGAAUUAUUAGGAACACAUCCAAGUGGUACGUGCCAUGAACUCAAAGCAGAAGAUGAAGUUCAAAUAUAGAAUGACUGUGAUGUCAGCCCCUGCUCACCAUUGGUCAUGAAUGAUUGAACAAAACAUUCUUACGCAAGCUUCUCGAGAUCGGCUUCAUCUUAUCUACGAGUGAGUGAUAUAAUUUCAUCAGGAUUUUUAGAACUUCAUCAUUUAAGUUUCUCAAAUUUC